UGCAGCAGCUGCUCAGCAGCAGCAACAACAACAGCAAGUGACGGCGGCGGCUGCGGCUGCUGCUACGGCAGCAUCCUCGGCAGGUUCCACCAAAGUACCAACAGUAACAGCGCCGGCAGCAGCAGCAGCAGCGGCAGCAACGGCGGCACCUACGGCCAAUCCAGCCAACGGUUCCUAGGCAGAAUGUUCCAAUUAAAAACUCCGUUUUUAGAAAUAUGCAUUGACAUAAAGACUACUGCACUAAAUUCUACUGCGCUCUGUGGCUGAAAAACGCCAGCGUAACAGCGUUUAACACCGAAAAUCGAAUGGUGUUGCACGCUAGUGCAAGAGUCAGUGACCCCUAGACAGCGCUAAGUUGGCAAAGAGGGAGUGCAUCAUAUUCCUCCUUUAACCGACACUCGAAAAUACAGAGAAAUACCCUUUCUCUUGCCACUAAGUCGACCGCUAGGAAGCUCCUAUUAGGAUAUGCCCCCUCCCCAUCCCUGGAAACGCUGGUGCCAUGAUGUGAGACAGGGACACGAAAGGUCGGGGGCAUUGUAGUACGGGUUGCGACUGCUACUCUGCAUUCACUUCCAUAUUCCAAGCCUACUCCCGUAGUAUUAAUGACACAAAGCGCACUGCACAGAGAUCGGUCGCCGAUCGUUUUUUCCGUGUUUGCUUAGGAGCCCGGUAUCAUGUUAGGUGUCGUCAAAGUCUCACCGCGGAACGGCACAUCGAGGUAGAGCUUUGGGUUUGGUGAAGAACGCGGGAAGGUAAUGCUUACGCGGAAGUCCCUCCUCCUCCUCAGGUUGACAAAUCCAUGCACGGUAGAGCGAUCCUCCUUAUCAAAAAGGGGAAUCGUUGUUCAUGUGCAGCGGGACAAUAAGCCAAAUAUAAAACAAAAUACACACCGAAUGAGGAAAAGGACAUUGCGAAAAAAUGUGCAUUAUUGACCUGCAUUAGUCUCACAUACGACGGGCGCUCUAUAGCGCCAGUGAGGGACGCAAUUACGAGAUAUGAUAGGGGAGACAGGCAGGCAGACCGGCAUGUGGUAGCAGAGAGUCAUAGAGGAAAUGGUGCCAACGGACAUACAGACACACAAACACACACACACACUAACACGUAGUGGAACCGAAGGUCUAGUUGAAUGGUUGAAGUAGUGAAACAUUUCAUUUAGCACACGAAACAGACCGCGCCCAUGAAAACAGACCGCGCCCAUGAAAAGUGGGCGCACAGUGCGUAUUAGUAUAACAUGUUUCGAUCGAUAAGAAAAGAUUAGGCAAAGUCAAAGUGAGACGGAUUCAUCUCGUUAAAAAGAACAAAACAGGAACAUACAAACACACUCACACACACACACACACUCACGCAACCACAACAAAGCAUUACCAAAAUGAUGAAGAUAUGAUUUUCGCAUAAAACGAAAUGUGUACAUGGCUGCUCUCAGCCUCUACUAUGCACACAGAUAGAUUAGGGAAGCUGGCAUGCGCUGGGAAAAAAGCGAGGAAAGCCAGGCCAAACGGAACUGAGAUAAAGUAAAAUGUGAUUUAAUGAUAGGAAGCGUGUGCGGCGAAUGCGAUGAAAGUUGUUUGGGACGUUUGAGGCCGGUACAGCGCAUACCGGCCCGGUCGCACCAGAGAUCGAUGAAGGAAGGUAUAGGCACAAUUUAAAGUGGCGGGAAUUGAUUUACGCUGACAGAAAGAGGAAAAAUGUAGCGGAAAAUUAACAAUCCAAACCGAACGAUUAAUCACGUCAAACCAAUCAGCAGCAGCAGCAAUCGGCCAGCAUAAUCGUUGGUUGAGAAUAAAUGUGUAGAUAAUCCAGGACCCUAGUAUAGAAACCGAGAACAACCGUAGCACCUUACCUUGUUUUUUUACCUUUUUUUCUCACAAUUUUUGAAGGUCAAUGAGAAAAAGCUUCUAUGUUGCUCACGUGCCACUUCUCUUUCCCUCCUUCUUUCGCAUGUCAUUGUUCUCUCCUAUUAUCUGUUUCUGUAACGUUCGUCUUUGUUGUUGCAAACGGCGACGGCUCUGUUGUGUUUCUCGGCCUUCCAUGUUACGCUGUUUUGUUUCGAAUAAGGGUAACAGUGAUCCCUUCUAUUGCUCUCAAAUCGCUUGGUUUUGCGAUACGGUUGUUAGAACACACAUUUAGUUUGCAACUCCUUCUCUUCCUUGUUUUUUUGUUUUUGUUUUGUUGUAAGGUGUCACAUGACUGCUUUACGAAUGAUCAUUCAGAACGAAUUUGUGCGAGGUGUAUGUGUGGAAUGAGUGAAAAUGAUUGAGAAAAGCUGGUCUUUAAGAGUGUUGAUUGUGCCGUAUAAUCAAAAAGAGGGAAACUAUUAGGUAAAAAGAAUGUUAAGCAAAUCAAAUGUGAUCCGUUUGUACAUAAUGAGGAUAUUGGGAAUGAGGUGUUAAUGGGAAUGAGUUCUAUCCCGAGAACAAGGACUAUGAAUGGUUUAGCAGUGGGCGUGGAGGUGUAUGGUGAAGUAUGAAUGUGUGCUGCGACGAUACCGUAGGUCGUAUGUUGUGUAUGAAUGAAUGCAUGCGAAACGCGACCCCUGGGAACUGGGAGAGCUACCUCGCUCUUCUUUGUGCGUUGAACUAUUUUACGCUAUGCUGCUUGGCUAGUGAUCGGUACCAAGUACCAGGCACCCCCACGUGUCCAGAUACCAGAAAGAUAAAGAAAGAGGGAGCAAGAUACGUAGUGUUAUCAAAUCAUAGCAAUCAUCUGCAAGAACACAAACUACACGGAUAAUAUCACCGCCCUUCCAGUACAUGGUAUUUUAAAAUCUUAGAUCCUGGGUUCUGGAAUUUUAUCUGCCACACAAGCAAGAUAGACGACGUCGUUUUACCGUCGUUGUAUCGCGCAUAGGGCUCCGUUAGGCUUGCUUUGCAGCGUGUGGACGUUAACGAAACUCAUAUAGACCGUAAAGACACAGUUGUUGAGUACACCAUCACCACUACCACCACCACUACUACUGCUACUGCUAUUACUACUAUCACUAGUACUAUUGCUGCUGCUGCUAUCACCAAAAGUACUACUAAUCCUCCUAUCGCCACGCAUAGACAAACCCAAAAGAAAAGGUCAAUGGUUAUCAAAGGGUAAAGGGAGGAAGGUAUACGUGGCCAUCCCUCGUGAGUAUGUUAAAUAUUUUUUACCGAAAAAUGCAUGUGAGACCAGCACAGGAAGAACCCAUGCGCAUGGGAUGAAGCACUCAUUUUUGCAUGAUAAAAGAACUGGGUGAAAAGGAAAGCUAGAAUUAGUUAUAGAAGGAACGGAAGCAUUACGAUCCAGUAGCCUAUUUGCUUUCUUACACGCGCUUAGCGACUAAGUUUAGUACGAAAACUCCCGGCUAACGUAUGUGCGUUGACGAGUUCACCGUGGCGCGGAUCGCUACGCUGCGGAAUGGACUAAAUACGAUAAAGAAAAGCAGGGAAAACGCCAGCAGGAACACACCAUACCAUAUGGUUUAGAGUUUUUCUGUUCCCCUUUCUAAUAAUAUGUUUUUUUUUUACGAGAACUAAAGAGAAGCGAUUCAACUUUCGCUAUUCAUCUCUAUCUCUCUCACUCUCUUAGUGCGCUUUAAUGAAUUUAGAUGAAAAGAGAGGUAGAGGGAGGCUGCUUCUUAAAUUUCUUGUUUAUUUAUUUGCGGAGUGAUGUGGAGGAAACAGAACCCGUUCGAGAUAAUCCUACAGUAAACGCAAAAUGCUACAGAAAAUACCAAAAAACAAAAAAAAAUAAAGAAAUCACUCAAAAACGACACAAGGGAACGAGACGACGAGUAAAGGCCGUAUGCGAUUGCUGCAAUGCAGUUUGCAAGAGAGCUGACGCAGUAGCAGUGAGUUAACGAAGGAGAAGGAGAACGCGUAAAACCCGAAAAGUGGAUGAUAAUAGAUCUAAACAAUGAAUAUAAACACUAUACUAUCGGUUAUUGCCGGUUGAUCGGUUAUUAACAGUACCCGCAGCAACCUUUGCAAAACAAUAUCCGAAAAUGCAGGUCAACACAUCACAGAAAAAAGUGUUCUGAU